AUGUCAUCCGAGAAGUUGGGCAAAGAGCUGCAAGCCCUGUACGAAUCCUGCUUAGCAGACGGCCUCACGCCAGCCGAGAUUCGACACGUUGCACGGCCUUUCGUCUACAGCCAGAAGCGUCGCCGAUCGGCCAUCGUCUUCACAGCCGUGGUGCUCUUGCUGCUGCUCCUCAGGGAGUCAAUCGAGUGGAGGCUCUGCAUGUGCGCCAGGCUUCUUAUGAUUGCCUUGCUACCCUAUUGGAACUGGAUGCCGUACCACUACGCAACCUGUCUGGUCAAUAAUCCUUUCUUCAAUGCCAGCACCAUCAGCAUCUCUGACUGUCAGGUGUGUGAAGAUCUGCGUGGCGUGGCGAGGGCGGAUGGUUUCGAGCCACAAGCAUUGCUUGAAGAUUUCGUGGACAACCUGGUGCCUCUCGUGGUCAGGGAAGACAUGAGCCGCUGGCCCUCCGCGGCGACAUCUUUCUCAAUCACCAACGUCACGCAGGCGUACCUGGAAGACCCCGAUCUGAAGGUGGCCGCCGUGUGCAACUUCCGCAGCAACAGUCGCCUGGGCUUCGACUCCUUUCUGCGCAGCUUCUCGUCCUCUAGCGGAUGGUCUGCCCACUGGGAGAACUGCGACCGCUCGGGCCAGAAGCACCUGCGCCAGUUCUACCGGAAGCCCUCGUUCCUUCCGCUCGCCUUUGAAAUGACGAGGCCCAACUGGGUCAUCGCGUCGCGGGGAUUCAGCGGGCGCCGAUUCAAGGAGCUUGAUUUCGAAGCUGGCAGCACCCUGGUGUGGUUCGCUCAAGUCAAAGGCCUCAGUUACAUCCGCCUGGUGCCAGAAUCCAUCUGCUCGGGCAUUUGUCAAGAGCUGGAACUACUGCUCGACGCGAGUGAUAUAUGUGGGAAACGCCAGGAGCAGCCAUGCCACCGUUCUGAUUUUGGAGUAAGUUAUGGUGUGGGAGAACUGGAGCAGCAGCAAUGGUAG